AUGAUCAAAUCAUCGUCCAAGACGUCAGCUCCUCCAUCGCCCGACGAGGCCUCGCAAACACCUGUCGCCGGUGCCUCGUCAUCGGCUCUACCUCUACCUCCUUCCUUGACAUUGCGCAGUCGCUCAUCGACAAAGACAAGUCCUCCUGCCGCCGAUGGAGCUUCUCCCGUCGAGCCAUCACUUUCUCGCCGUCGCUCAUCGCUCCUCUCCUUCUCGAGCUUGGACGACACGCGACACUCGGCUGGUGACUUCAUCCGUCCAUCCCUAGGCCUCGACCAAGAUGACUCGACUGCUCCAGAGGAUCUGUCACACUGGCACAGCUCACCUCUGGCUUUUGCUUUCCUCCCCGCUCUUGCCGGUCUCUUCUUUACCAAUGGAAGUGCCUUCGUCACCGACAUCAUUCUACUUGGCCUAGCUGCUUUGUUCCUCAAUUGGAGCGUCAGAUUGCCUUGGUAUGUUGGUUUGUGCCCCUUCUUAUCCUAUAUACUGACUUUGCUAGGGNAUUGGUACCGCUCAGCUCAGGCUCAAUUCACUCUGGACCAAUUGAGCAACCCUCCCUCUGUGUCACAGGACUUGGACGAAGACGACCAGCAACGUCAAUCCCCGGAGAAGUCACCGACAAGUCAAGAGCAGGAAGAUGCGGCUGCCAAUCUCCGCCAACACGAGCUUCUGGCUCUGGUCUCUACCUUCUUGUUUCCUGCUUGUGCUGCCUACCUGCUACAUGUUAUUCGUGGUCAGCUCUCGCGCCCCUCGGAAGGUCUGGUGUCAGACUACAACCUGACUAUUUUCCUUCUCGCUGCCGAGAUACGCCCCAUCAGGCAAUUGAUCCGUCUGUUCACCCAUCGGACCAUCCAUCUGCAGCGUAUUGUCCGUGGCAACAAUGACCCCUCGGCUUUAGGCAAGAAGGACAAGGCCAUCUCUGAGCUUGCAUCCCGUCUUGUCAUUCUAGAAGAGAAAUUUGGCGAUCAACUGUCAUCUCCAGGCGUUUCCAUCGUUCAGAAGGACGAAGUCACUGCACUGUCGAGCGACAUUAGAAAGCGUUACGAACCUCGUCUGGAUGCUCUGGAGCGCGCGGUUAGGAGAUACGAGAAGCGAGCCACGACUCUGACUUUGCUUACUGAACAAAGGCUACAAUCUUUGGAGAAUCGUCUGCAAGACGCAUUAAGCUUGGCCGCUGUCGCUGCCCAAUCGUCUGGCAAACCUGGCAUUGUCGCUGCCAUUCUAUCUACACUGGCCAAGACGCUAGCAGUCCCUUUGGAGUUUGCCUGGCUCAUAUUCGUAUGGCCUCUGAAGAUCACAGAGUCGGCGCUUAAGAAAGUCGGCGUCAUGGUAUUGGGCCCAGCAAAUCCGCCUCGCCGUCGAAACGACUCCAAAGGUCCCAGGCCAAGGCCAGAAAAGAAGAAGGAUGACUCGUAUUUCACCCGACAUUAUUGA